AUGGUUUUCAAAUUCCUUGCGCUUUGCGCUAUUUUCGCCGUAGCCCACGCUGUGUUACAACAACCAAUAAGCCCCGUUUAUCAUGCAGCGCCAAUCAACUUUGCACAGCCUGCUCUAUUUAAGCCAGCACAAAAGCACACAGUAUAUACACAGCCGGCUUUAAUAAAAACAGUGCAGCAACCGGCUGUUGUAAAAACUUAUGCCCAGCCUACACUCGUAGAAAACUACGUGCAACCGACAGUAGUGAAGACCUAUGUCAAACAGGUCGAAGAGUACGCACCGGCUAACUACGAGUUCUCGUACUCCGUGCACGAUUCGCAUACCGGAGAUGUGAAGAGCCAGCACGAAACUCGCCACGGCGACCAGGUACAGGGUCAGUAUAGUCUGCUGGAUGCCGAUGGUCACCAGCGCAUCGUAGACUACACUGCUGAUGACCAUAACGGUUUUAACGCCGUUGUUCGACGCGAACCAACUCACGUCAAAGUUGUCCAACCCGUUCAGAAGGUUCUAGCUCAACCUACCUACACUGGACACUACUAA